CUGAGAGAAUCACUUCCAGACUUGCUGGUUGACUCUCACACAACAGGACAUUGAAGAAGAAGAAGAACAAACCUCCCGAGUGACUUGGGAGAGUUUUGAAACUCAAAAACUUCAGGAGGAUUGGAACUGAGGACGCCGUAGAAAAAAAAAACUUGUUUGGCAGGAUUUUUUCCCCCUGUUCCUUCUGAAGAGGGUGUGAGGCUGAGAUUACCCUCGUCGGUCCAGCGGAGACGCAGUCGCUCACUUCGCAGGACGAGACGUUUUCUCCCUCUGCGCGCUCCAGAUGGCAAACUCCACGUUCCAGCUCAUCGAGGACUGCGAGGCCACGAACAAGGCGCUGUACAAGUUCUACGCGGCGGUCGUCAUCGUGAUCUUCAUACUGGCGCUGCCGCUGAACGCGUCCGUGCUCCACCUCUUCAUAUUCAAGCUGAAGUUCUGGAAGUCCAACACCAACAACGUCUUCCUCUUCAACCUGGUGCUGGCCGACAUCCUGCUGCUCGUGUGUCUGCCCAUCAAGGCGUACAACUUCAUUCAGGGCGAGCGGCGGAGCGACUCCGUGUGCAACGCCAUGCUCUUCAUGUUGUUCCUGAACCGCGGCGCCAGCAUCGCCUUCCUGACGGUCACCUCCAUCGACCGCUACUUCAACGUGGUGCACCCCGGGCGGAGGAAUUUCCUGCGGGCCCUGAAGAAGUCGCCGCAGAUCUCCAUCAUCAUCUGGCUGCUGCUGCUGCCGCUCACCGUCCCCACCAUGCUCAAGACCUUCGAGUGCUGCAACAGCCACAAGCUGGAGAAGGACGACACCUUGAUAAAGAGCGUGGUGGACAGCAUGCGGGAGGUGGUCUUCUUCACUCAGAUCGUCAUCCCCUUCGUCAUCCUGGUGUACUGCACGGCGCGCAUCGUCAACCGGCUCCGGAAGAAGACGGUCGGCGACAACACCAAGCUGAGGCGGGCCGUCUUCCUGGUCACCUCCGUCAUGGUGGUCUUCUCGGUCUGCUUCCUGCCGUGCGCCAUCGCCCGGAUGGUGCUGCUGAUCGCGCGCGUCCAAGAGUGGGGGGAGGCGGUGCAGGACAAGGUGGCGGUGGCCUUCGACGGCCUCAUGGUCCUCUCCUACAUGGACUGUCUCCUGGACCCGCUGGUCUACUGCUUCUGCAGCACCAAGUUCAAGGCGCUCUAUCUCACCAACUACUUCCCGUUCUUGGUGAGAGGGGCCCCGCCGCCGGUGGACAGCUCGACGGGAAACACGCAAAACCCUCAGCGCAAUAACAAGGUCAUCUGACGUCUGCGGGGAGACGGAGGAUGGACGGCUGCAGGCGGCGUGUUUUUUAUCCCCGACAGGAUUUCGACCUAAGACUGACACCGUGUCCCACAAAAAAUAUAUCUACUUUAUGAAAGUGCGCCAUGAAGACAAGUCACAUAGUAGAUACUUAAAUAUCUGUUUUCUUAUGAUUCUUAAACCGAGAGGUACAGAACAGGAGGGACAAUUGUGGUUCUUCCAAAGUGUGUCGUCAGGUGCAGGGGUCUCCUUCGUCUAGAAUGUUGGUGGAUUUUCUUUGGUGAAACAUUUGUUGUUUUUUUUAGCAGAUGAAUACCUCCCAGCCAAAGUAUGCACAUCUGUUUUUUCUGCUUGGCUUUGGGACGGUGAGAAGAGAAGCCCAGUUAGGAGAGUGAAAGAUAUCUGUCGAAAACCUCACACAGCUUUAAUAUCUGAGCUUCCACAGUCGAACGAGCGUGAGCCGGUUUUUAUUAACGCCGUCGAUCAAAACUCAGAAAAAAAGUGUUGCCAAAUCUUGGCAAAUGCAAUUAUGAAGCAAGAUGUCUGAAAGGGGAAAAGAAGAUUUACUCGAAAUCACAAAUUAGAUUCCCUGGCAUGAAUUUGUUGGUUACGACAUAGAAAAUAGAUGAAUAUAUGGGGGCCAACGUCAGUCACUUGUUACAUAAGAGUUUAUUAAAAAGGCCCAUAGAGGAAGCAUUAAUGUUGAUUUAAUAAUGAACUGAGCAACUGUUUAUACUGUGUAUAUACAUAGAGAAAGAUGGGUGUAUUUAUGCUAUACAUAUUUUGUCUGUCUGUCAGGGAACAUUUCUUGAAAAUGUUUUUUUUUUUUUUAUAUAAUCCCAUUCCAUUGUCUGAAAUACUUCACGAGCCCGUGGGGAUUUAACUGUACUACAAAUCCAAAACAACAAGUCCCCUUAACGCAUCAUUAAUCACCGUACUCUUGAACUCGGAGACAGACGUUGAACUGUAACUGUACGAGUCACCUGACCGGUCAUUUUUCUCGCCCUGAUGACAUCGUCAACGGUCAUAUCGAAACCAGCGAACACGUCAGGAGAUCCGUGAGAGACUCAGUGGAGUGGAGGCUUUUACCAGAUGCAAGAUGCAUCAUUGUGUGUCACUAAAUAUUCCCUUCCAAACAAACAAUGGCACAUUUGUGUUGCGGAAUAUUACGCAACGUUCUCGCCUCGUUGACCUCAUAAUAACAUGUAAUUAAUGAGUAGACGAGGAAACGCAACUGAGGAAAAUCCCUAAUUUGGUUUGAUUUGGAGUUUCUUCCCGCUCUAAAGCUUUGCAGCGAUGAAAAGAUAUUUUAGUAUUAACGUGAAUGAUUUUUAGAUCUCACACAUAAAACACAGAGUUGUAUAAAAUCGCCAUCGGUCAACAUGUGAAGACGUGAGCGACUACUGGUACGCGGCUCCGCAAAUGUCACGUCAGCACAAAGUAACAAUGUGCCGGUUGUCUGAUAAACACUGCAAAUAUUAACAGAGUAAAGACAAACACGGGACAUAAAGUCAUGUAUGGUACGAUCUCAAACAAGACGACGACAUACUUCACACGCUGCACUGGUGUUUUUGUUUACCUCCUCAGUUGUGUGGAUUUGACCUUUCACACUUUCACAAGUGAAUUUGAAUUUGUGACUCAGCCCCAUUGUACGGUCAACAUGCCUUAUUCUUGUUUUGUUUUAAAAAUGUUGCAUCUACAUUAAUUGAGUAUUAAAGUCGCAGUAGGUGGAUUUUAAUCCAAUACACUUUUCGAAAAAAUUCAGCUAAUGUUUUUCCUCGUGGUCCGCACCUCACAACACUGUGUGCAGUUUGAAAAUAUCACUCCCGACACAUUAACAGACGUGUUAGCGAGCGACAGACAUGCUAGCGGCAGACUUGCUAGAAGCAGACGUGCUAACGAGCAACAGACGUGCUAACGAGCAACAGACGUGCUAGCGAGCAACAGAUGUGCUAGCGAGCAACAAACGUGCUAGCGGCAGACGUGAUAGCGAGCAACAGACGUGCUAGCGACAGACGUGCUAGCGACAGAUGUGCUAGCGACAGACGCUACGACUGAGGGGUUUUGGCCUCGUGGUAAGCGCCUCUGUCUCCUGACCCCGACCAGUGCAGUCAACAAAAUCAAACAACAAACAAUCUUUCUCCAAAAUCACUUGCUGCCCCUUUAAGUUCAUCUAUAUAUUUUACCAAACAGCCCAAUUUAAAAAGUAGGACGAGGUCUUUUUUUGACGGCUCUCACUUGUUGGCACUAGUUUCUUCCGCCAAGGUUGACCGUCUGAAAACUACUGAACCGAUUUCCAUGAAUUCUUUUUGAUGAAAAGGUGUCGAAAAGCAGAGGGAAAAACCUGUUGAAUUUUGUGGGAUGAUCCUGAAAACAGACGGAUCCAGGUUUUUUCUUUUUCUUUUUCCACUUUCUUAAAAGAAUGACGAGAUAGGGCGUUAGCCUCGGCGGAGGUGCGUUGCUCUUUGGGGCUUCCACCAUCCAGACAGCGGUUGCUCCCGUUCAUCUAAAUUAAUUAAAGUCUUUCGGGCUGUAGGCGUUUUGAUGGGGUCAUGAACACACGUGCGAGUCUUGACAAGUCCUCCUGACAAGAAUGCUGCAGUGUUGCAUCUCUAUUAGCAUUCACCAAAUCCCGAGUGUUACCUGUUGGGGAUUUAGAACUAAGCCUGUACAAAUACUAUAAACUUAUCACGUGUUAUGUUCCUCAAAGGGACUUAUAAUAGUUUCAGAUCAUGAAAACAGAUUAAUUCCAUGUGAUAGAAAGAAAAAUGGGAGCAAACUUCUAAAUACCAAGAAUUAGUUACAUGUAAGACAUUUAUAUAAUAUAUAUUCCCCUUAUGACCAUUGUUAAAUUAUUUUGGUGUAAGUGUCCCGAUAAGUGCUUUACAUAUCAUAGUUCAUAUUUUGUAUCUCUGUUUUGCGGGUCGCAUUGUGUAAAUAUUCGCCUCGUCUUCUAUGUCUUUCUACUACUGCUGAAAUAUGUGAAUGUAUAAAUACAUUUUUUAUCUCGAGGUACAUUUCUGCUGACUCAUCCUUCGGGGGAGAUUACGUUGAUAAAAUUUGAGAGUGAUUAAUUUAA